GCGCGAAAGCCCCGGCCCUGCUCCGCUGCGCUCCGGCCCGUCGUGCAGGGGGCGCGGCGGGGGCGGCCCGCGGCCCCCUCUUCUUCCCCGCCCACCCCGAAGCCGCUCCCUGGGCGCCCCGCCCGGCCGCCAAGUGGGGCGCUACAGGGCGCCUCGCGGUGGGGCCGCGCCUGGCCUCUGAGAGCGUGCAGAGCGCUCGGAAGCCGCCCGCGGGGAGGAGGCGGCGGGCUCUGGGGCGCGCCCUGGGCGGGACGGCGGUGGCCCGGCCCGCCCCCGGGACAGCUCCGGCGGCUGGGCGAGCGGCGCGGGGCAUGGAGGGACGCCGCCCGGGCCAGGCUAACCGUGGGCUGCUCCGACAAGCCCCGACGGGGCGCCCCCGACCCGACGCGGCGCGGCGCCUGCUGCUGCUGCUGCUGGCGGCGGCUCAGUGUCUCUAUGGCAGUGCAGGGACUGCCCCAGAAGGGCUGCUUUUCAUUUCUACCCUGGAUGGCAGCCUCCAUGCUGUGAGCAAGAGGAGCGGGGACAUCCAGUGGACUCUCAAGGAGGCACCAGCUCUGCAGGUGCCAGUUGACAUGGCCAAGCCAGCCUUUCUUCCAGACCCCAGCGAUGGCAGCUUGUACGUCCUGGGGGGCAGAAACAAAGAGGGCCUGAUGAAACUGCCGUUCUCCAUCCCGGAGCUGGUGCAGUCUUCUCCUUGCCGGAGUUCCAAUGGGAUUCUCUACACGGGGAAGAAGGAGGACACCUGGUCUGUGGUGGACCCGGCCUCAGGGCAGAGGCAGACAACGCUCUCAACCGAGGCCUGGGACGAGCUGUGCUCCUCUGUGCCUUUGCUGUACAUCGGACGCACCCAGUACGUUAUCACCAUGUAUGACACCAAGACCCGCGAGUUACGUUGGAAUGGCACUUACCUGGACUAUUCCGCUCCACUUUACCAGCCAAAUGAUAAAUAUGGAAUGGCUCACUUUGCUUCGAGUGGAGAUGGGCUGCUGGUGACCGUGGGCAAGGACCGAGGGGGUCUGCUGUGGAUGCAGGAUUAUGGGUCCCCCGUGGUGGGGGUCUACACCUGGCACCAGGACAGUUUGCGGCGUGUGCCCCAUCUCAACAUUGGCAUGGAGAGCCUGCGCUACCUGGUGUUGCACUCCCGGGACAUCCCCCUCCUCAACUGGAACUAUCAGUCUACAAAGGAGUUUGCUGCCCAGGCACAGCUACUGCCAACUGUGUAUGUGGGCAAAGAUGCAACGUGUCUCUAUGCCUUGACGUCCCUGGUACAUGCAGGAGUGGCUCUUGUGCCUCAGGGAGUGACUCUGGCACAAGUCAACGGCCCGACCACUGAGGAGGUCACACUCCAGAAGUCCGGCGAGUGCGAAAUCAUGCCCAGCACAGAUGUCAGGUACCCACAGGGCAGCGUCACCCUCCCCCCCAGCCAGUGGCUGCUCAUAGGGCAUCAUGAGCUGCCCCCCGUGGUCCACACCACCAUGCUGAGGGCCUUUCCUGAGACCCUGCAGAGGACGUCCGAGAACAGUUUCCCCCCCGCGUCCCCCUCCGAGGCGCUCUUUGGUGAAUCUGUGGCAGAUGGUGGCAGCGCGGAAGGCCAAGUGGAUGAUCCAGCAGAGGCCCCCCGGCAACCAGCAGAGGCUGACCUGGAGUUUGGUCCCUGGGAGUGGGUGAUGCCUGGAGUCGCCGCUGUGUUUCUGGGUGGGGGCAUCCUCUUCCUCACGCUCUGGCUUAUUCAGUGGCAAAACCGAGAUCAGCAGUGGCAGCUGGAGGAGCCCGGGCAGCACCCAAGCCUGGGGGGGGCACCUUCCAGCAGCAGCCGAGCAGAGCAGCUCCUAGCAGGCUCCAGCGCCUCACCAGAUGGAGUCGAGCAGGGUUCUCUGCAGCCAGAUCACAGCCAGUGCCCCUCUUCCUCCUCCCCCCUGCCUCUGGCCCGUGGGGAGUCCAUCCAGGGUGCUGCUUCAGGGGCUGGCCCUGAAACCCUCGUGGUGGGAAAGAUCUCCUUCAGCCCAAAGGAUGUGGUGGGUCAUGGGGCAGGGGGCACCUGUGUGUUCAGGGGUCGCUUUGAAGGGCGCCAGGUAGCAGUGAAGCGGCUGCUGCCAGAGUGCGUCCAUCUGGUGGACCGAGAGGUCCAGCUGCUGUGUGAAUCAGACGAGCACCCCAACGUCGUGCGCUACUUCUGCACAGAGAAGGAUCGGCAGUUCCACUACAUUGCCCUGGAGCUUUGUGCGGCUACGCUGCAGGAAUAUGUGAAGAGCCCCUUUCUCGGCGGCCAGAUUCUGGACACUGUCUCCAUGCUACAACAGACGAUGUCUGGCUUGGCGCAUUUGCACUCCCUUGGCAUAGUCCACCGUGACUUGAAGCCCUGCAACAUCCUGAUCUCAGCUCCUGACAGCCGUGGCCGGAUCCGUGCCAUUAUCUCCGAUUUUGGCCUGUGCAAGAAACUGCAAGCUGGCCGCUGCAGCUUCAGCCUGCGCUCAGGCAUCCUGGGCACCGAGGGCUGGAUUGCCCCAGAGAUGCUGCGAGAGGCCCCAAAGGAGAAUCCGACGUGCGCAGUGGACAUCUUCUCGGCCGGCUGCGUGUUUUACUACGCUGUGUCUGGCGGGCAGCAUCCCUUUGGAGACCGCUUGCGUUGCCAGGCCAAUAUCCUGGCUGGGGCCUACCAGCUGGACCACCUUCAACAGGAGAUGCACGACAAGGUUGUUGGUCGGGAGCUGAUAGAAGCCAUGAUCAGCAGUGACCCCCACCGGCGGCCCUCUGCGGCCCAAGUCCUGGCACACCCGUUCUUCUGGAGCCAAGAGAAGCAGCUGCAGUUUUUCCAGGAUGUUAGUGACCGCCUGGAGAAGGAGCCAGUGGGGGGGCCCAUUCUCAGGGCCCUGGAGGCCAAAGGACAGGCUGUAGUGAAGGGCAACUGGCGAGACCAUAUAUCCAUCCCACUGCAGACAGAUCUCAGGAAGUUCCGGACGUACAAGGGCAGCUCGGUGCGGGACCUCUUGCGGGCUAUGAGGAAUAAGAAACAUCAUUACCGCGAGCUGCCAGACGAUGUCCAGGAGGCCCUCGGUAUCGUCCCACAUGAGUUUGUGCAGUACUUCACAUCUCGCUUCCCAUGUCUCCUCUUGCACACGCACCAGGCCAUGCGGCUGUGUGCCAGAGAGAGGCAGCUGCAGCCGUAUUACUACCACAAGCCGUGAAUCAGGCAUGGCCUUCCAGGCUGAGAAAGACCUGCACUCUCGCAAGGGUGGCUGUGUGGCCUGCCUCAAGGGAGGGGGCAGAGCUGGGGGUGGGCCUCACCCUGCUGCUGAGAGCAGCGCAUGUGUCUGCAUGCUGGAAGUCCUGUCUCUGCUGGAGUCCAAAAGCCCCUCAGUGCCGCUGCCCAUUAGAGGAAGCAGAAGUGGACCUCCUGACUCUGUCCCAGCCAGAUUCCCCCUCGCCCCAAGAGCCUCCUUUGAGGAGGCCCUGAGAAACUGGUGGACAGAGUUUGUGGCUGCAGGCUGUUUUGACAGCACUCUCGUCCUAGAUGAACGAUGCCUCCUCGUGGCUCAUUCACGGCCUCUAAGAAUUCUUGUAAUACAGUUUUGUACAUUAAAAACAAAAACAGAG